CUGCCGAAAUAUGGCAAUAACAAUGGUAGAAAACUUCUGAGCUGAAAAGUCGCGCCGCUUCGACAAGUCAAAAAGUAAAAAGUGCUCAACUGCGUGUCCGCGUCGGGCAAUAAUCCUGACAGAUCCUUCGAGGACCUCGACAACGAACUAGAGCAAUCACGCCUCCGCUAUUUAAAUAGCCGCCGUAUUCCUGACCAUUGUUUGCAACGAUGGGCGUCAAAUGGAUCAGCUACCGCAAAAAGCACGAGCUGGAAGCCAUCCUCGGCGAGUUCGGUCUCGAACAGUCCGGCACUGUGGAUGAGCAGCACGACCGUUUGAUUUUUUUCGCCCGGGAUCCCGAGAACUCCGAGGCAAACCUGGUCCGCCUUAGCGAGCUGGAGCGAAUGUUUGGGAACGCACCCACUGGGGAUAUAGAUGCUCUCGCCGACUCCGUUCGACUCGAUCCUGCUUCCACCAACGCCGACCGGGCUACAGGAAGCCAGCUGGGCCGAGGUCGGACACGAGUUCCUGGAUUUUUUCCGGCCACCGCGCUAUUAUCAGCGACUGGAGGACAAAAUCCGGACUUACCUGCAGCGGCCCAACGAGCCGUUCAAGGGGGUCUACGACAACAUGCUCCCGGAAUACAAGUUAUUAACCGGGAGACAAGAUUUCCGCACCCUGGCAGAGCUGACCCACCUGGUAGUGGACUACGAGGUGACGCGCAGCCGGUAUGGAGGCCAAGACCAUCGCUCUCCGAGCCCUCGACAGGAACCCAGGUCCAACUAUGCGACGGAGGCCGACCGGAUGCCACGCCGUGCCCCGCCAGCAGCCCGAUCGGGCCACUCAACCAACGGAUCCACCAGCCGGAACGCGUGCACGAGCCACAGCGCAGCCUCUCUCGAGCCAGUCAACAUCCGCGACGCCUGCCGCAACAGCGGACUACUGGGACACUUCUCGGUGGAGUGCCAGAAUCCACGCGUCAUCUUCUGCCGGGAUUGCGGACGCCGAGGAACCCGGACUAUCGAAUGCUGUCGGCGCUCAGCAUCGUGAAACGGGAACGGGCCUCGAGUGACCCGGAAUCACCGGGGGAACCCGUCCAACCCACGCAGCCAGUAGGAGGAACCCUCUACCAACACCAGGGACGCAUCCGCGCCGCCAUCACCAUGGAGGAGCGAGGAUUCGUGGCCACCCUGGACACCGGAGCUACGUACAGCUUCAUUAGCGAGGACCUAGCCCGAGAGCUAGGCAACGCAAACAACAUGCGGGAUAUCAGGACUCAACUCAAGUUGGCCGACGGGACAUGCCGAGAACUCACUCGGGCCCUCGCCACAAACAUCUACCUCGGGAACAAACGCGCCCCAACCAUCCUGCUAGUCAUGACCGGAGUCCUCGACGGCAUUCUCCUAGGCAUGGAUUUUCUUUGCAGGAUUGGAGCCACGAUCCAGUGCGGGGGACAGACCCUCAGCUUGCUACCCGACGACUACACGGAGCCGCCUUGGGUUCAAGCACAAAGCAACGCAAGACGCCGGAAGAAAGAGACACGCUCUGUCCACUUCGAGGAGCCACACUCCACCCCUCACGAAGGACCAUCGACGAGCCGCCAUUCCGCCUCGACGACCGACGAGGGCUCGGCCGCCGAGAUGCCAUCAGUAGCAGCACCGAGCCGCCCUCCGCUGCCGAACGAUCCCCGACGGACCAGGAGCCGACCACCGACGCCGAUACCGGAACUACGAGGCCGCCGGCGAAGCACACCCUGGGCGGACAGCCCCUCCGGAUCCUCGUCUGAGGAAGAACGGCCCAGCGACCGCCAAGCCCAUGUCCACUGGGUGCCCGCUCCCGACGGGUGGAGCACGGCCAACGGCACGCUGCCUGCCCCGCUCAUUCGACGGAUCCAGCAGCGGCUCCAAGGACCCAGGCGGCGAACCCUGCGGUACCUGGAAGAGGAGAAGGGCCAGCGCUUCCGAGUGCAGCUCAACCGCGACGACCACGUCCGGGUGUUCUUACACUCCACCCGGAACUAAGGAGGGAGUGUGACGACGCGAAUUGUCGUCACAAAGAUGUAAAUAUUAGAUUAAGCUUAGAAUUAUUCGUAAAAUUAGAAUAAACCAAACACACGCACACCCACAUACACUCAGACGCUCCUUACAAUACCAUUAAAAUAAAACCAAAUCAAAAGAAAUGCAGAGAUAUAUAUUGUUUUCUUCUUUUAUUUUUGAAUUUUAUUACUGAACUUAAUUUUCUAAUUCUAUAUUGCUGAAUUACAAACUGAAAAGAUACACAUGUUUCUUUGGUUAAUAAUACAAAUGGUAGGGAUUAAAUUUCACUAUAGAUCCAGACUUAUUUAAAGUGCGAAUGCUGAACGUAAAAAAAUUAAUAUAAGUCUGACAACUUUAAAAAUAAAUUGUUUCGAAUUUGCUGAAUUAUUAACACACCAAUAUAUUAUUUAUAAAAGGCAUAAAAAUAAAAAAAAACAGUUUGCACAGGCUUCAAAUAAAACAAUCAUUACAGAAAGUAUACAUGACGGUUGUGUACACGAAA